AUGUCCGCCGCAACUAGCGCCGCGCAUAAUCAUGCCUCGAGCAUAAAUGCCAGCAUAUUCUCCGCCACCGGAAUGGUCGCCCUUGUGACUGGUGGCGGUACGGGUAUCGGUUUCAUGAUGGCAAAGGCCCUUGCGCAAGCCGGGGCACACCGUGUCUACAUCCUCGGCCGUCGGACCGAAGUUCUCAAGGAAGCGGCAGCAUCCAUCAAUCGUCCUGGCGUCGUGGUGCCAAUAACGGCCGAUGUGACGUCCAAAGCGUCCCUCGCUGAAGCUGUCAAGGCCGUUGAGAGGGAUACGGGCCACCUGAACCUCCUGAUCUGCAAUUCUGGCAUUGGGGGUCCUCCAUCGGAGCCGCAGAUCACCCCGCAUACGACCAUUGAACAGUGGAGGAAUCAGCAACUCUCAGCGGACCCGGCUGACUGGAACCAGACGUUCAAUGUGAACGUAACGAGCGUGUGGUUCACAACAAUGGCUUUCCUACUGCUCCUUGAUUCGGGUAAUAAAAGAGGAAACAUUGCGCAGUCAUCACAGGUCGUCGUGACGAGCUCCGUGGCUGCCUUUAACCGAAAGGCACCAGGCGGCUGGGCGUAUGGACAGUCAAAAGCUGCCGUCACUCACAUGGUGAAGCAGCUCGCAGUUGCUCUCCCGCAAUGGAACAUUAGGGUCAACUGCAUCGCCCCUGGAUUGUUCCCUAGUGAAAUGUCGACACAUUGGGUUCAAAGCGCCAAGCAAGGCGAUCCGACAUGGGAUGAAAGCAAACCGCUCCCGGUUGGGCGCGACAACGUACCUCUCGGUCGCAUGGGCAGUAGUGACGAGAUGGGUGGCACGAUAUUAUAUCUGGCGUCGAGGGCUGGUGCGUAUCUUAACGGAAACAUUACGUUGAUUGAUGGAGGUCGGCUGGGAACAUUCCCUGCAACUGGGUAUUGA